ACAAACGGGAGCAGGCUUUCUGUAAACUAUAUUGAUUGUGCGAUGCAUUUUUUUUAUUUGACCUCGUCCCGUAGUUAGUAGUCCGCUGCCGCCGCCGCUGCAGCAUGGGAGACUCGUACGAAGAAGAGGAAUGCCGCGUCUGCCGCGGCGAAGAAGAGCCUGGACGUCGAUUGUUUGCGCCUUGCAAGUGCAGCGGAUCGAUUCGAUUUGUCCACUCGGAUUGCUUGACGGAAUGGCUCGCGAUCUCAAAGAAGGACGUGUGUGAAUUAUGCGGGUACAAGUUCUCGUUCCAGCCCGUGUAUGCCGACGGGUGUCCGCGGACACUUCCGACGCGAGAACUGUUGCUGUCGGUGGUGAUCGUCGCGCUCAAAAAAUGGUUGCCGCUGGUCGUUCGCGGUGUGCUCGUGAUCGUCGCGUGGGGUGUGGUUGCCCCGUGGUGCACGAGUUGGCUAUACCGUCUAUGGCUGCUGCGUGCCGCGACCAUGGGCUCGGUGAACCUCCAUGACCGUCUCCAGGACAACGACUUGAUCUUGGCAGAUGUGUUCUCCGGCAUCGUGUUGAUCGUCGUGAUCGUGUGUUCGUUCUUGUCGUUGAUGAGCUUUGCCGACUUUCUGCGGUUCAACAUGGACCACAUUGUCGACGACGGUAUCGACGCCGCGGACGACGAGCUGCGGCACCGCGAACUGCUGGUGGCGCAGGAGAUGGAGGCGGUGGAACGGGCGAUCCCACACCCCGGGCCUCACAUGCGAGGGGGCGGGGAAAACAACGUUCGCCGCCUUAUCGAACGCAUCGACGGCGUCGACGAGUGGGUGGUCGAGAACGACGGCGACAGCGACUCGGACGACGACUCGGAUGACGACAAUGACGAGGACGCCCUCGAUCACCAGUUUGCGCGGCGCGUCCAAGCCUUCCGCGGCCGCCAGCCGGCAGCUCCCCCUGUGGAGCCGGACCAACCCCCGCGCGACGUCCUCCCCCGCCGCCUGCGCGUGCGCGUCCAAGACAACCUGCCUCUGUUCGACCAAGUGAUUCAGCACAUCCCGCAUGCCGCCGUGUUCCGUCCGCAGGUCGCGCGCAACGUGCGGCCGGACCCGCGGGUGGCGGAAGCCGAAAAUGGCCCCCGACGCCGCCGCCGUCGCCCCAUGCCGGCCAACGCCGCCCCGCCACGUGGCAACAAUGCCAACAACAACGACAACUGGGACGACGACAUGGACCACAUGGAGAUCAACAUCGCCAUGGACGAAGUGAUUGGGUUCCGCGGGCCGCCGUACAUUUUGCUGCGCAAUGUGUCGUGGUUCCUCGCGUUUAACGGCGCCUACCUCGGGAUCUUUGCGUUCGUCCCGUACACGCUGGGCAGCACCAUCGUCGCGACCGUGGCCAAGUGUGUGCACCAUGUCGUGGGCGAUCCCCUGUCGAUGCUAACUUUGGAUUUGCACGCAGCCGGACCCAUCGACGGAUGGGCCGCGUUCAUUGCAACCGUAGCCAACUCGACCCGGGAGGCCCAAGUGAACGGCGACUGCCUCCAGUUUGUCGACGUGGUGACGUGCGGCGUCGGGUACGUUUCGUUUUGCGCGUCCGUGGUUGUGUGGCGGGCGACGGUGCGCACGAUCUCGCUGUACACGCCGCACCGGCCACUUCUGGCGGGGCUGCUGUGGUUCCUCAGCUGCCUGAACGCCGUCGUUAAGGUGGGGUCGCUCCUCCUGCUCAAGACGAUUGUGCUGCCCAUAUUGCUCGGGCUUGGGAUGGACGCGGCGACGUUGCCGCUAUUUCGGGCAUCGCCGUGGGACCGCAUGUCGUUCUUCCUGGACCACAUGCUCACGUCGAUGAUGGUGCACUGGGUGCUCGGCAUCAGCUUCAUGCUGUUUGUGACCGUUGUGGUGCUGCAGAUGCGCGAAGUGAUGCACCCCGACAUCCUCGCGGCCACGAUUCGGCCCCAGGAACCCAACCAGGAUAUUCUCAAGAGCUUGCUCGCCGAGCCGAGUGCCAAGCACGCGCGGCGGAUGGUGCUGUCCCUGGCCAUCUAUGCGAUGCUGUUGGCCACGAUGGUGUAUUUGCCCGUGCGCGUGGCGUACGCCGUGGUGCCGUCGGUGUUUCCCCUGCACUUGACGUUCCACUACUACUUUGCGCCCUUGCAAGUGCCAUUGGAGCUUGCGGUCGCGUACAUGACGGUGCUCAACGUCCUCGACACGUACAAACACGGACUGGGCCACGUCCAGUCGACGUGGAUGACGAGGCUGUGUCACCGCUUGGGGCUGGUCGAGUACCUUCUCCCGCGCGUACCGGCGCUCCCUGGAGGAGGGGGUCCGCCUGAUAGCUGCCUCAUCCUGGGCGUGCCCCCGCUGAGCUUUAACCCCCUAAACGACCCGCCGCCCCCCCACGAGCGGCUCUACGGUGCGCGGUACGUCCCGUGGCCAGAAGACGGACUCGUAGACCCCACCGUGAUCGAGUACAACCUGCUGCCUCGCUCGAUGCCGACGCACCUGUCGCUUCGGUUGGGGGUGCUGAUGGCGUGCUGCUGGACCACAACGGUGUGCUUCGUCGGUGUCGCGACGUUGACGCCGCUGUACUUGGGCCGGCUGUCGAUGGCGAUGGUGGAACAGUACACAGGGGUGCGGCACGACUCGGUGAACGCGGCGGCCGGCGUCGUGGCGUCGUGGGUGCUGAUCAACGGAUUCAAAUUGUGCCAAGUGAUGACGAUUCAAGAAAAAGAUGUGCACCCGCAGCUGAUUGCUCAGGGAUUCUCGAUUCGAAAGCUCACUGCGGCGGCCCUCGUGAAAUUGGGCGUGACGUGGGGCGUGGUGUUUCCAGUGCUCAUUGGGCUCAUGGCGGCGCUGCUGCUGCACCACCAAUCGCCAACGUGGUCGAAACUCGUCGAGGUAUGCCAUAUAUAUUGGAAUGAUAUGUGUGAUAUUUACACUGGUAAGUGUAGAUGCACGCGUUUGGGUUUGUGGUGCUUCACGUGAUUGCAUGGUGCGUAUGCGGUUUCACCAGGAGCAGACGCCGGAACAAUCGAAACCCUCGAGGGGGUGCAGGAGAUGCCCCCGUCGUCGUCGACAUCGUGGACGAACUGCGACAGGGUGACCCGACCGUGGUCAAUUCGUUGCGGUUGGGGUACGAACAGCUUCGAUUCCACUUGCAGUCGAACGACGAAGGCGUGGAACAUGCGCAGGACCUCCGCCAUCGAUGCUUUGACCCGACCCACUUUCACGAGUAUGUGAUCGUGCCGCUGGGAAGCGCCAUGGCCGUGUGUAUUGUGCUGCCGUGGAUGUGCAGCAAGGCCCACGGGAUGCUGGGGUGGUCAAGCUUGAGCGAAACGCACGUGUUCCGGGCGGCAUUUGCGACGCAAGUGCUGGGGCUGGCUCUGAUCUCGUCCAAGGCGUACGUGUCGACGUGGGUUACAGCAUUGCACGACUCGAUUCGAGACGAGCGGUACCUAAUUGGAAAGGUGCUGCAGGACAUGACUCGGUAGUAACUAGUCGUUGCAAAGAAACACGUAGGUAGUAGUCGAUAGAAUGAAAUGGGACUUGUAAUCAAAUCGGUAUAUUAUACGUGU